CACAACACCAACAUACAACUGACAGUAUGGUGUUGGCAAAGAGCAAGAAUGCCGUCGGGCUGGGCAACAGCCUGAUGAACGACCGCUUUGGCAAGGGCAAGUCGAAUAUGCAUCGUGGAAAUGCGCCACAGGGAGGAAUCAGGCGCAAAGAUCAGUUCGGCAAUGAGUAUAUUACGAACAACAAGGAGGAGGCAGCAUGGGUGAAGAUGCGCUCCGUCACAGAGCAGGGUGCGCUGGACGAGUUCUUAAGCACGGCAGAAUUGGCAGGCACAGACUUCACGGCAGAGAAGAUGAACAAUGUCAAAAUCAUACACAUGGACCAGAAGAACCCAUAUCUGCUCAGCAAAGAGGAAGAGCGGGGUGUCGUGCGGAAGCAGAAUGCGAAGCGAAAGCGCCUCACAGUGCCAAGACGCCCGCCAUGGACUACAGAUAUGGAUGCGCGAGAUUUGGACGAAAGAGAGCGAGAAGCACUUCUUCAGUGGCGGCGAGGGUUAGCUGAGCUGGAAGAGGUCGAUGAUCUGCUUAUGACUCCUUUUGAGCGUAAUCUUGAAGUCUGGAGGCAAUUAUGGCGAGUCAUCGAACGCUCCGAUCUUGUCGUGCAGAUUGUGGAUGCGAGAAAUCCGCUGUUGUACCGCUGCGAAGAUCUAGAAUAUUACGUGAAAGAGCUGGACGGCGGCAAGAAGAAGAACCUUCUUCUUGUAAAUAAGGCAGAUAUGAUGACGCUUGAGCAGAGAAAGGCAUGGGCAGAGUGGUUCACCGAGCGAGGCAUUGCCUUCAGAUUCUUCUCGGCAGAGCUGGCCAAGGAAAUGAAUGAAGCAAGAGCAGAAGAGGCAGGGGCUGCGAAGAAUCCCUUCGAUCAGCUCGACGAUGAAGCGGAGGAUGACGAAGAUGACGAAGAUGAGGAGUCCGAGACUGAGAGUCUGGACGAGAACGACAUCGAAGAGGAGAUUGACCCAGAUGCCGACCUUGACAAGCUUGCCGCAGAAGCACAGAAAAUUCGAGUACAAGACAAGAAAGCAGACGAAGAGGAAUGGGUAGAUGAGGAAGAAGUCGAUGAGCCAUAUCCAGUUCCGGAGCCACCACAAGAGGAGAUGAGCAUAGACGAGAAAUGCCGGAUUUUGACGACAGAUGAUCUUGAAGCUUUAUUCUUACAGCACUCACCCGCAGCGCCUACAGGCAAUCCGGAUGAGGACGAUACACAACGAAAGACACAAAUCGGACUUGUCGGAUAUCCCAACGUCGGUAAAUCCUCAACCAUCAACGCCCUCCUUGGCGCAAAGAAAGUAUCAGUCUCAGCAACACCAGGAAAGACGAAGCACUUUCAAACUAUACAUCUUUCGCCCAGAGUCAUUCUUUGCGAUUGCCCGGGUCUCGUCUUCCCAAACUUUGCAAACACAAAAGCCGAGCUUGUUCUCGCUGGCGUGCUCCCAAUCGACCAGCUGCGUGAAUACACAGGUCCGGCAGCAUUAGUAGCACAGCGGAUACCAAAGCAUUUCCUUGAAGCAUUGUACGGCAUGAAGAUCAUUACACGACCUCUCGAAGAAGGUGGAACUGGCAUCCCGACCGGUGAGGAAGUGCUGCGAUCAUACGCUCGGGCACGAGGCUUCUCCACGCAAGGUCUCGGACAGCCCGAUGAAGCACGCGCAGCACGACUCAUCCUCAAAGAUUACGUGAAAGGCAAACUCCUAUACUGCCAUCCUCCACCAGUCACUCCACCAAUCGAAGGCAAGCACUUCAAUCGUGAACUCUACGAUCUCGCCCAUCUUCCACAAAAGCGCCGCGCCCAUCUCGCAGCAUCAGACAUCACAUCUCUAGCAGGCACCGAAGACGCCUCAAUAAUGCACGCUGAAAGCGACAUCGUCGCCCUCCCACAACCACAAGGCCGUAAAGGCCAAAGUCUCGAUAAAGCCUUCUUCGCAGCAGGACAAGGCUCGGGCACGGUCAACCGACCUUUCCACUACAAGUACUCCGAACAAGGCAAGGAAAUGACAGGAAGAAAGCUGAAAAUGAUGACUGCGCUGGAAAACAACAUUGACCCAAGCGAAGUGAGAUUGGGGAGUAAAAAGCAUGGGAAAGCGAACAAGAGGGCUCAGAAGAAAGUCAGAGCACCGGGUAUCAGUGCUUACGAUGAGUAGAUAUCUAGACAGCAGCGACUAUUUCAGUCAAAAGUGGUUUGAUGCCG